UGUUCACGUGUACACAUUUGAGAUGUAAACAAAAUACGCUUUGUAAAGUGUAAAUUUUUACUUUUCUAAUCAUUUUUCUAAAUAUUAAUGCGAAAAGUAUCAUGAAUAUUGCUUUUGCUUAUUUAUUAAUUUAACAAUUCUUUUACUGCCUCUGAGUUUUGUUUUAAUUUGCAUUUUAACAACAAUCCCAAAGUUUGAAGUCCCAAGUGUGAAUUAGUAUUUACGCUACAAGAUGCAGAAUGAACUGGAUAUUCCAAUUGAUAUUCACCUUAACAAACUCUUAGAUUGGUUGACCAGUCGUAGAAUAUGUCCCCAUGAUUGGCAGAAAAAUGUCAUAACCAUCCGAAAGAUGAUUAAUAGUGCUAUUCAAGAUAUGCCUGCUGUUGACGAAAUAGCUCAGCUGUUAGCUGGUACUUACAUCAAUUAUUUCCACUGCCUGCAGAUUGUUGAUAUUUUGAAAACCACUGAAUCUUCAUCAAAAAAUAUUUUUGGACAGUAUUCUUCCCAAAGAAUGAAAGAUUGGUUGGAGAUUGUUAAAUUGUAUGAAAAAGACAGCAUUUACCUUGGUGAGGCUGCUCAGCUAUUGAUCCGAAAUAUUGUUUAUGAAUUGCCUUCUUUGAAAAGACAACUCAUGAAGGCUCAACAAACUCAAGAGGAAUGUAUCAAGAAAGAAGCUGAUUAUGCUAAAAAUGAACACGCAAUGAGAGAAAAUUAUGCUACAUCUUGUCAGCAAAUAGAAAUUGAAGGGAAAAACAUCAAGAAAGAACUUUUGUCACUAUUAGAUGACCUACCUGAUGCUCUUAAUGCUAUCUCAGCUUCAGCUAAAGACUUGGUGCAUGUUCGAAAUUAUUAUGUUUCAUUUUUAAAUUUUACACUUAACAGAGAUGCUGAAUCCAUUUGUGUUCCUAUGCUUAAGCACAUAAUUGAGAAAGGAAAUACUACUACUUUUGAAUGGAGAACAGGUGAACCUCCCGAAGUGAUCGAGGUUACAACUCCUGUGAUUCCAUUGGAUGUGGAAAGUGGAAGUACUGAUGCUGCAGAUGAUCAGAUUGACUUUGGAGAUUUUGGUGCACAUUCAGAGUCUGGAGAUGAUCGAAGCUCAAGCUCUCCUAAUGGAGACUUUGUGCAUGUAGAUAAAGAAGAAUGUAAACCUGAUAACAGUGACCAGGUAGACUUUGGUGAUUCAGAAAUAAAUUGGGAUAUUUCGGUUGAUACUUCAGCAUCAAUAAGUGUUAUAGAUUCGCCAGGCAGUAAUGAAGGUAGCAAAGUUGCCCGUGGAGUUGAUGCUUUAACAGUACUUGAAAAUGAAGCAACACGAGACGCAUUUUAUAAUGAUUUAUUAGAGCUAGAAGCAUUUGUUUCACAAAGAAUUUUGGAAUGUGAAUCUUCUGUAAGUGAUGCAUUGUCAUCGAGUAUUUUCCACAAUGCUCCUGCUUCUCUUCAGAUACAGUCAGUUGAAAGUUUCCGAAAAAUGGAAAAUGAUGUAAAGAACAUUGCAUCUCAGCUCAUGACUACAAAAUUAAAGCAUCUUUACUUGAUUAAAAGCUCAUCAAGGUAUGUUGAUAGAUUAGUGGAUUCCUUAAAAAGCAAAUUAGAAACUGCUGAAAGAAUGGUGGAAUGCCAAAAAGCAGUGAAAAUUAAGUAUCAAGAAGCAGUUGAAGAACAAAGAUCUCUGAAACCAAAAAUUGAUUUAAUUGUAGAAAAGACCAAAAUUUUACUUAACCAGGUUGAACAAGACAUUUCAAAGAGGUAUAAAAACAGAGUUGUUAACAUCAUGGGUGGACUGAGUGCAUUACAGAACAUAACGCACUGAAGAGAAAGUAAAAGAGAGAGAUUUAUAAAACUGCUUCUUGCAUUUCUGACUUGAAAAAGCUCAAAACUUAAAUUAUGCCAAUGAAAUAUACAUAUGUGUUACAGAUGCUUCCAUAUUGUUUUAAAAUUGUUAAUCUUUAUUCUCUGUAAAUAUUUUAUUUCUAAAUUUUUAUGUUGAUAUUUGAUAUUGUUAUAAUGUUCGACAGCAUGCUGAAAUAAACCGUUUUGAAAGCUUAAACCCUUACUUCUUAAAGUGUUGUUAUUGUUUUUUCC